GCUGGCAGCUGUUUAUUAGCUAAUGUCAAAAAACGCGGCUGGAUUUUGUAUACAACUGUGGAAUUGUGGAUUCUAUUCUUAAUUUGAAACUUUUAAAGAUAAUUUGAGUUGAGUGAAGUUCGACAGUUCAAUAUGUGAAGGGAUUACAGAGUGAAAUUAAGUAAUUUAAUCGUUUAGUUAACUGAUAAUCAUGGCAAACGAAGUUAAAUCUAAGUCAAAAAGUGUAUCGAAAACGAAACUGUCACGAUGUAUGGAUUGGUUACAAAAACAGAAUGAUGAGGAUCCAAUGAAAUUAUCGUUACAAAAUAAAAAUGACAUUCAGUUUAUAAUACAAACUCAUGCUGCUAGAAAGAACUUUUUAUUGGCAGUGGCCGAAGACGACGCUACUGUGCCAAAUGGUAUUCACGAGCCUUCAAACGAACCAAAAGCUGUUUCUUUACACAAGUUACGGGUUGACAAUCUGUUUAUGACAUGUGAAUGGCAAUCUUGUGAGUCCACAUUUGAAGAUUACAAUGAGUAUCAGAAACAUGUUGUCAAGCAUGCAUCAGAUGCACAUGCUAUAGAGAGGGAGGCAGGUGUUGAGUAUGUCUGCCUUUGGGACGUUUGUGGCCACAAAACUAAUGACUUUAAUGAGAUGAUCCGCCAUAUAAACUACCAUGCUUACCAUGGGAAGUUGCUUGCUAUUGGCUUCAAUGGCAGGGCCACACUGAAACUAGCGAGGUGCAAGAAGGAUUCAAGCAAGAGAAACCAUCUUCCAAAACAGACUGGGGAUUACGUCUGCAUGUGGAUUAAUUGUGAUCAGAAAUAUAAUUCUAUGCAGCAUUUCCUAGACCACGUCAAAGUACAUACGAACUAUUCAGAGAACUAUCUCUGUUCCUGGGCCGGCUGUGGAGCCGUGUUCCCUCGUAAAGAGAUGCUUGUAGUCCAUGUGCGAAGCCACACUGGCGAGAGACUGAUCGCUUGCUACCACUGCGGGCAACACUUCGCUAAUAAUAGAAAACUGUCUGAUCAUCUCAGAAGGCAGAAUGUAUACCAGAAUUCACCAUUCGUGUGCGAAUUAUGUGGAACCCGCUGCGCGACUGAGUACUUACUAAACGAGCACACUAGGCAACACGUGUCAACUUACGCGUGCACGAUGUGCGAUAUGUCGGUCCCAUCGCCGAACGCAUUGGCCAAGCACGUGCGGUACAGGCAUCUUACAGGGACUGGUACCAGACCGUACGCGUGUCCACAUUGCCCUUACAGAGCCGUUACAAGAUGGGACGUCAGAAAACACAUAGAAACACACAAAAGGAAAAAAGAUAAAGAAGUUAAAGAUGAAAGUGACGAUGAUCUUUCAGACGAUGACAGCGUCAGUCAGAAAAGUAAAAGGAAGAAAUCAUUGAAGAAAUAUGCCUGUCAUAUGUGUCCGGAGAAAAACAUGAAGAUAUUUAGUAGGGGCAAUAGACUGACAACACAUUUGGUUAAAGUACACGGAGCUCAAUGGUCUGCGGGGCAUAGUAGAUUUAGGUACCAACUUAGCGAAGACGGUAUGUACAGACUGACAACGACCCGCUACGAAUCAUUGGAAGUGUCAACAAAGAUAAUGGACGGCUACAGCGGACCGCCAGAAUCCUUGUCUGACGCAGAUUUUAAAGUCAGACAGGUAGCAGACGCUACAGAGUCCACACCCACACAGUUUGUAGUUACUCUGAAGAAUGGAGACAAAGAAAACGAUGAAAGUGAUAGAGACAUAAAACCUGAUCUCAAAAAUAUAAAAAAAGAUGUCGAAAUCAUGAUGUGUGAUGUGGAUGAAGAGGGGAAUAUUAUUAGUACUGAAGUCAUUGUUAAGUCUGAUGUUUUAGGGAAUUUGUAGUUUUUAUUUUUACGAUUUCGAUUAUGUAAUGACAUUUUAUUCUGGCCAGGGGCCUACUACUACCUUUUGAAAUAAAUAAAUGCAGCUUUGAAAGACACGUCUUUCUACGCCGUC